AUGUCUUCAAAUCCCGCUCAGCUGAAGCUCAUCUGUGAUUCCCUGAGGAAACAAAAUCCCCCUUAUAAUUGUCCGAUUGGCCAGUGUGACCGGGAGUACAGAACUUUCUCCGGUAUUCAAUUCCACAUCUUCAAUUCGAGACACGCCAACGUCGCAGUCGCCGCCGCCGGUGAAAAACUGCAAUCUCCUCGAAAGAAUCGCAACAUCACGAACCGGAACAGAAAUCAAAGUCCGCAGCCAGCGGAUAAAAUUCAAGAGCUGCAAAGUUUCCAAGAAGAAGCUGUCCAGAGAUUCCGAUCCCCGCAGCAUAAAUCCCAAUCGGAUCCGCGUAAAAGCGCUCCGCCAGAGGAAGGGCCUCGGGUCCGACCGCGGUUCCGGACGUCGCAACAUCAGCAGAAAGUGCAACGGAACUCUGAGCCGCAAAAUCGAUUACGGUCGCCCCAACAGUCGCUGAGACCAGCGCUCAAGGGUGACGCUCAACAGCCGACGCAAGACGUCAAGCAGAACUCGAGGAAUCCGCCACCGGCGGAGCUGCUCGACGAAGGCCAGCAGAUGUCGCCGCCUCAACAGUUGAACAAUUCAAAACACAAACUCCACGCGAUGCCUCAGCCGAAUGAAGCCUCGACGGUGGUCGGAGACUCCUCGGUUCUCCAGAGUCAAACGGCCGCAAAGGCAAGCCACUCCAAAAUGCGUCUUCUCGAACCGGCCAAGGGCCAAGGCAGCGGUCAGAGUAUGAAUCAACUGGGCCGGACCGCAUCCCCGAUGUCCGCAGGCAAAAACUGUGGCCAGCAGCAACCUCGUGAAGGUCUCACUUAUGCCGAGGCGCAGAAAGUCGUCGAAAUCGAAGUUGAAGGCGGUCUCUACCGUCUGAACAUCGAAGAACCGCUGAACAUUGUUCUCAGUUCCGAACGAAACGUCUCAACGCCCGAAGGAGCCCGUCAGCCAGACAAGCCCAAGUCCCCACAAAAAUCUGGCAAAGGGAAACGAAGUCGACCGAGCAAGACACAAGACGAACUUUCAUCAUCAUUCCCAAACUUUCAGGCGGCCAAGGGCAAAGCGAAGGAUCAGACCGAUGCCCAACUCCGCUUACCCGAGGCGAUCGUUGAGAAAACGGACGAUUAUGAAUGCGCGGAUGCUCCCGAAAGACCGAGCUCGUAUUAUCGUUUCAUAGAAAAGUCAGCUGAGGAGUUGGACGAGAUGGUUGAGUACGAUAUGGAUGAAGAAGAUUGUGCCUGGCUUGAAAUCAUGAACAAAAAGCGCAAGAAGCAGGGAAUUCCGCAUGAUGUUAGUGGAGACACGUUUGAAUUUCUUAUGGAUCGGUUGGAAAAAGAAAGUUAUUUCCAAGCGCAGAACACUCCGUCAGCUUCAGUGGGGAGCGCGAUCGACGACGACGCGGUCUGUUGUAUUUGCCAGGACGGCGAAUGCCACAAUGCGAAUGCCAUUCUUUUCUGCGACAUGUGCAACUUGGCCGUCCACCAAGAGUGUUACGGCGUUCCCUAUAUCCCAGAGGGCCAAUGGCUCUGCAGACGGUGUCUUCAGUCGCCUUCGAAAGCGGUCGAUUGUGUUUUGUGUCCGAACCGCGGCGGGGCUUUCAAACAAACGUCCGACAGCAAGUGGGGUCAUGUCGUAUGCGCCCUCUGGGUUCCGGAAGUCUACUUCGCUAAUACUGUUUUUCUCGAGCCCAUCGACAACAUCUGUAAUAUUCCUGCGGCUCGCUGGAAGCUGACGUGUUACAUCUGUAAGAAGCGCGGACAAGGCGCUUGCAUUCAAUGUCAUAAGGCUAACUGCUAUACGGCAUUCCACGUAACGUGCGCACAACAAGCUGGACUCUACAUGAAAUUGGAAGAAUGUCGAAACGGGGAACAAACUGGUGUGCGAAAAACGGCGUUCUGCGACACCCACGCUCCGGUCUCGUACAAGAAGGCGGAUAAAAUGAGAAGUGCCCGCAAAAUUCUCCAGGAGAAGGCGAAGGCACUUCCCGUAGUAUCCAUCCCGACGAUUCCCGCCGAACGCAUAAGCCACAUUUCAUCGUUGAUCGAUAUUCCCAAGAAAGCCGAUUUCGUCAAGCGACUUAUGGGCUAUUGGACCCUCAAACGGCAGUCACGCAAUGGAGUGUCUCUUUUGCGGCGUCUACAAAUGUCGCAUCUCAGCCGCAACAACAAAAACGAUAUAGACAUGGACAGUGCUACGUCGGCUUUGCGUGAUCAACUGAAAUACUGGCAACGUCUGCGCCAAGAUCUCGAGCGAGCAAGACUCCUGUGCGAAUUGAUCCGUAAACGCGAGAAACUCAAACGGGAAUAUGUCAAAAUACGCGAACGCGUUUUCCUCACCGAGAUCUCACCCCUGGUUAAGGUGUUGAACGAGCUGAUCAAUUUGCUCCAGGAGAAGGAUCCUCGUCGAAUUUUCGCUGAGCCCGUCGACUGCUCGGAGGUGCCGGAUUAUCCGACCCUGAUAAAACAACCCAUGGAUUUCUCAACGAUGCGCACCAAGGCGAACAGCUUGGAAUACGCCUCGUUCCACGAAUUCGAGAAAGAUUUUCAAUUGAUUGUGAGCAACUGCAUGACCUACAACGCCAAAGACACAAUUUUCUAUAAAGCGGCGAUAAAACUCAGAGAUCAAGGAGGAGCGAUAAUUCGCUCGCAUCGGGAGAACUUGACGGUAAAUUACGACUAUUCGAACGGGAGACUGAAACCUCUCCCGAAAUCCGCACAGAUUAAGCCCGGCGCGCAAGAGAUCAAAGCCGAGCCCGCCUCGAGAAGAAAUCCGAACAGCUCCGCGUCGAGGCUAUCGGCGAUGAGUGCGUCUGCUGCGAGUGAGCAGGCCAGCGAGAAGCUACUUUCUCCGGAAUGUGCGAAAAUGCCGGUCGAAGCUUUGCUCAAGUCCGACGGAUACGUGUCGUUGGAUGUCGAUGAUCAGUUGAGCUUGCUCUCGAGCCGGCAGCGCGCGUUGGGCCAAAAUGAAGCGUCUCCAACGAAAACCAAACUCCAGAGAAUGUUGCGUGCUGAGAUCACCAAGCUGCGCAAAAAGAAAGCAGCCGCCAAAGAUGAAAGACCUUCGUCGAAACAGAUCAAGAAAGAACCCGAGGAAGGCCUAGCGAGCGGCGCAGCAAGUGUCGCCGCCGUGUCGGCUGCCGUGGCUAAUGUCGAUGACGAGGAGUCGGACACGGAAAGCGAUUCCACCGUCGAAACUGAUUCCUCGCCGACGGGGACAGGCAACUGCAGGACAGUCGCUGGGAGCAGUCCGGCAGCCACGACCAGCAACGCGAGCAGUAGUAAUCAGGACCCUCAGAGGGAAUCUUUCAAGGUAUAUCGGGAUAAAGGCAGCGACGAUGAGGAAGAGGAUGAAGGAAAUGAUGGAGAAGAUCCAAAUUCUGAAGAUGGAGAAGAGGAAGAAGACGAGGAGGAGGAUGAGGUCGAAGGCGAACUGGCGUCCGAUGAAGAACAAGGUGAAGAAAACAACGAUGAUGCGUCCACAGCGGAAUCGAGCUCCACGAACACGGGCAGUGCUGAUGAACAAAGUGAAACCGGUGAGGUUGACGAAUACGAUGAUGAACAGGAGGGGGCUGCUCGAGUGGACGAACAACAAGAGACUUCUGUGGAUGUACCUCAACAACGUCGUCGUGGUCAGCGAUCGGACGUCAAGACGGCAUCGAAAGAUGUUUCCCUGAACGAGGGAACAGCAUCAGAAAGCGAAGACGAUGACGACGAUGACGAGGAGCUCGACGACGACGACGAGGAAGAAGGAGAGGACGAGGACGGAGAAGUUGACGACGAUGAACAAGGAGAGGAUCAGGACGAAGAAGAAGAUGAUGGCGAGAACGAGGAGGGAGAAGGAGACGAAGAAGAAGCAGGAAACGAACAGAACGCGACGAUCAAGAAGGACGGUCACAGCGAAGAUGACAACAUAGAGAGCAAUGACAGUUACGAAAACGAAGCGGACGGCGUCGACGAAGACGACGACGGGGAGAAGGACGGCGAGGAGGGAGACGAUGACGACGAGGACGAAGAAGAUGGGCAGAUGGCCUACGAUAGCUCGUCAUGUGAAGACGAGGAUGACUGCGUCGAUGGUGCCGACGAAGGAGAUGACGUCGAUGGGGUCGAAGAGGAGAAUGCUAUCGGCGACGAGAAAGCAUCGCACGAGAAAACCGCGCCGAUCGCCAGGGGGAAAGCUUCGAAGAGGAAACGAAUGUCAUCUCCCUCUGUCGGUCGCAAGAGCAAGCGGGUUAGAUCGUCAUCGUCUUCUCACGUGUCUGGACCCCGUACCCGACGGGCGGGAACCAACAACGAGAGCAAGAGCGCUCCGAGAACGAAAAAGUCUAAAACGAACGAUCUAAAACCUCAGGCGAAGAGAGGGCGUGCCUCGAGCGGGAGUUCAUCGAUCGCCGAGGAACUAGACGAGCAGAAACUCUACAAUAUACCCCUCGAACCCCUGGAUCUGGUCUGGGCCAAGUGUAGGGGCUACCCGUGGUAUCCAGCGCUCAUCAUCGAUCCCGACGCUCCGACGGGCGAAAAGAAAGAGGAUCAAGAUCAGAAAUCUGCCCUCGCAGGUGUCUCCAUCCCCACGCCGCCGCCACAGGUUCUCCGACUCCGGCCCAAAGAGCGAGAUCCGCGACACCAAAUGUUCCUCGUGCUGUUCUUCGAUGCAAAGCGUACGUGGCAGUGGCUGCCGCGGAGUAAGCUUGUUCCUCUGGGGCCUGACGCCGACACCGAUAAGCGGAAGCUGCAGGAGAGCCGCAAGCCCGCCGAGCGGAAGGCGGUCAAGAAAGCGUUCGAGGACGCCAUAGCGCACCGAUGCCGCGUAGCGCAAGCCAACGGCGAGAGUCCCAUAUCCUAG